AGAGAUUUUGGGAUCCUCAAAGAGUCAAAAGGAGAUGAGCUCAGUGGUCAAAAUGAAGAGUGCGGAAAUCAAAGAGGGUGAAGAGAGUGGGAUUAAAUUACUUGGUGAGAUUCCGGGUUUGGCUGACGAGGAAAUGGAUGAGGAGAUGGAUGGAUGCGCAAAUGAGUCAACAACCAAGCGAAGGGUUGAUGUGAUGGGUCCUGAGACGGUUUCUCUGCCUCCCAAAAAGUCGAAGCAGGUCAGCUUUGAAACGACUGUAGCUGAACCGCAGGUCAAGGUGGUGGGAUCCAGUCAGGCAGCUCAACUAGCUCGAAUGGGUAUCGAAGGUGUUGGAGAGAACAAACGGAUAGCCAAACAGGCUCGAAAGGACAAGAAGAAAGCCAAGAAGAAUGCGGUCGCGGCUCUCGGAGCAGAUGAAGAGAUGAAGGACCCAGGACAGGCAGUUGCAGAGGAUGAGGAAAUGACAGAUCAGCAACAGCAACCUUAUAGCUUUGCUGAUUUCUUUCAAGGUACCCUUGCAGUCGCAAAGACUUUGUAAUACUAUAUUUGAUGCUUGAGAGACAGACAUGAGCGUCUGUUCUACAUGACUUUUUGUGAUUCAGGCUCACUUUCACGUUGUCUUCUUC